AUGCGCCCUCUGCUGCGCCCGUGGACUGCCCGUCGCAGCUGCUGGCCCGCCUCGCUGCGCCUGUUCUCCGCCGCCCAUGCCCUGCCCCGCUGCGAGCACAUUGCCGUCCCGUCUCGGUCCAACGGCUCCCUCAGCGUCGACGUUUUCCAUUCGUCAACACCCUCGUCUCCAGUCUUGAUCUACCUGCCACCCGGUCCUGUCAUACCUGAGUCUGCAGAGGAACAAACCCGUAUCAUCUCAACGCUUUGCGCGACAAGCGGUGCGACAGUUGCGAGACUCAACUUCCGGGCGUCGUCCCAACACCAAUUUCCAACGCCCGUUCACGAUGCGCUACUAGGCUACGACUGGGUCCGCCAAAACUUACUUCAGGAUGGAUUUUCACGGCCAAUCAUCGGUCACGUAGGUGUCUGCGGAGAGCUUGUAGGCGGUUCGUUGUCUGUGAUGCUUGCUCUGACAGAAUGUCGCCCUGGUGAAAGCCGUAUCACUGCCGCCGCCGUCAACAACCCUAUAGUAGACUGGGUGUUCCCAGAUGACCUACCCACCGUAGCUGAGGCAGAGCUCCUCGAGCCUGCAGCUCCAGACGAGACCGCAAUGCUUGCUGAUGAGGAUCCCAUGGCCUUGACCGAUCGCAGCCAACCUGACUCUCAUACUAACCGCACUAUGAAAGAUCGAAAGCGAUCAGCAAAACCACUUCGGUCUAACGCCUGGCAGCUGUACGGUGAAGAUGACUCUAUUCCCACAGUCACGUUGUCUGCUGAGCGAGAUGUGCUCUUCCGCAGACAAGAGGAUGUCUUCGAUCGAUUUGCAUCCCCAAUCCACUUUUUCCGCUCUCCGCACGGUCUGCUGUUGUAUCCUAAGCAGGAUGAUGUUUGGGCUUCGGAGCAGCCGGACAACGCUAUGGAUAUUGAAACUCGGAUGGACCUGAGCCAUUACCAGUCCCACCAUCUCUCACCGUCAACCCCUGAGUUGCCAGUGCUUGCUAGGUGCCGAGCAUACGCGCGCAUCUACCCGCCUGCCGGCUCAAAUUUGAAUUUACCAGAAUGGCGAAUCUCCGCGGGAUCCCAGAGUCCAUUGUUAGACCAAGCAUCAGAGUUGGCUAAGAUGAUCAGACGAAGCGUGGCUCGUCAUACUUUGAAGAAGAGGAUGGGCCGCAUAAGGUGGCAAGAUACCACCGAGAAGGAGUAUUACGAUGACUUCGCAAACGGCAGGGUAGCUCUGGACACCUUUGCCGGUGCUGGCCUGUGGGCAGAUCAAGCAAACAACGAGCAGUGGGAAGCACAGGUGGAGCAAACGGGUCAAUGGAUGAAGGAAGUUCUGAAGCCCGAGUUCACUUGAUACACGCAAACACAAUCUAACAUGGUAUAAUUCAAAAGCACGAU